GGAAGCGCAUGCGCUGUAGGCCGAACGGUCCUGUAACCGGACCCUGACCCUCGAGUAGGUCUGGGGGUUAGGGUUCUUCGGUGAAAUUGCUGCCAUCUAGUGCCCUCGUGGAUUAAAUUCAUCUCCAGGGUAAUCGCUGGGAUAAGUAACCUCAAAGUAUUAUUUAAAGGCUUCACAAAAAUUGUCCUUCAUCAAGCUUUCACCUACCUGGAACCUCUUGGUGCAGCUACUCACAACCACCCUUCUUCCCAUUGAUGUACUUGAGCUUUUCUGCUAUGACGGUUUGUUCCUGAAGGUGGGCAAGCCCUGAGCACUUCUGCAGAAAGAAGAAUAAUUGCUUCAUGUUGGAUCCUUCUAAUUAAGUUAACCCUCGGCGUGUUGCUGCCCUCCAUCCAGCAAGAGGAUCAAAGUCAUUUUACUGCACAGAUGGCAUGAAUGUCCUGUUUAUAGUUGUGGAUGACCUACGUCCUGUUUUGGGUUGUUAUGGAGAUAACCUUGUGAAAUCUCCAAACAUUGAUCAACUUGCUUCCCAAAGUAUUGUGUUCAGCAAUGCAUAUGCACAGCAAGCUGUUUGUGCACCAAGUAGAGUGUCAUUCCUUACUGGACGCAGACCUGAUACUACCCGGCUGUAUGACUUCUACUCCUACUGGAGAGUGCAUUCAGGAAACUAUUCCACAAUGCCCCAGUAUUUCAAAGAGAAUGGCUACGUGACCAUGUCUGUGGGGAAAGUUUUUCAUCCUGGAAUUUCAUCCAAUUACAGUGAUGACUAUCCAUACAGCUGGUCCAUUCCACCCUUUCAUCCUUCUACUGAAAAAUAUGAAAACGAUAAGACCUGCAGGGGAAAAGAUGGAAGACUUUAUGCUAACUUGGUGUGCCCGAUAGAUGUGACAGAAAUGCCUGGUGGUACUCUGCCUGAUAUUGAAACCACUGAAGAGGCCAUACGCUUACUGAAUGUUAUGAAAACCAAGAAGCAAAAAUUCUUCCUAGCUGUUGGUUACCAUAAGCCACAUAUCCCUUUGAGGUAUCCACAGGAAUUUCUGAAGUUGUACCCCCUGGAAAACAUCACAUUAGCCCCAGAUCCCUGGGUGCCUGAGAAACUACCUCCUGUGGCAUACAACCCCUGGGUGGACAUCAGACAGAGGGAUGAUGUGAAAGCAUUAAAUGUUACUUUCCCUUAUGGACCACUUCCGGAUGACUUCCAGAGGCUGAUUCGUCAGAGCUACUAUGCAGCAGUUUCUUACCUGGAUAUGCAGGUUGGCCUGCUUUUGAAUGCCUUAGAUUAUGUAGGACUCUCAAAUAGCACAAUAGUAGUUUUUACUGCUGAUCAUGGAUGGUCCCUGGGAGAACAUGGUGAAUGGGCAAAAUACAGCAAUUUUGAUGUUGCUACGCAAGUGCCACUGAUGUUUUAUGUACCAAGAAUGACAACUUCCUCUGCUAGUCAAGGAGAGAGAGUCUUCCCCUACCUUGAUCCCUUUAGCCAUAUUGUAGGCUUGGUACCACAAGGACAAAGAAAAAAAAUGGUAGAGCUUGUCUCUCUCUUUUCAACGCUUGCUGAACUUGCUGGCCUGCAGGUUCCUCCUGCGUGCCCAGAGACUUCAUUUCAUGUUGCACUGUGCACUGAGGGGGCAAGCAUUGUCCGGUAUUUUAAGUCCUCUGAACAGAAGGUACAGAAGAAGGAGAAUGGUUGUAAUGACACUAACAAGUAUUACAGUGAAGAGCCUGUUGCGUUCAGCCAGUAUCCCCGGCCUGCAGACACUCCACAGUGGGACUCUGACAAGCCAAAGCUAAAAGACAUCAGAAUCAUGGGCUAUUCCAUGCGUACAAUUGACUACAGAUAUACUGUAUGGGUUCAGUUUAAUCCUGAGAACUUUAGUGCUGACUUUGAGGAUGUCCAUGCAGGAGAGUUAUAUAUGAUGGAGACUGAUCCAAACCAGGAUAAUAACAUCUAUAAUAAUACCUUGCAUGGUCAUCUUUUCAAAAAAAUUGUUGACUUCCUGAAGCAUUAGGCAUCAGGAACUUUGUGUGGAGUACUUCCUUUGUUUGGUAUGACGCCUUUCUGUUGUGCAGAAAGCACAUGAACCGAAUUAAAAUAAUAUUUGUAUAAAAACACCA